CCCACUUUGGCUGGUGAAAGACGAAAAACAAAAUAAAAAGGAAGUCUUGUAAGCAAGUAAGGAAGCCUUUAUCUGUGUUGAGUUGCGAGCAUUCCUUUUCUCAAACCUUUCUCUCUCGCUCGCUCUCUGCUUCAAUCAAAUCACAUGGACAUUGAUUUCAAAGAAUAUCAAUUGCGCUGUGAGCUUCGCGGCCACGAAGACGAUGUUCGCGGAAUAUGCGUGUGUGGCAGCGAGGGCAUUGCAACCUCCUCCAGGGACCGAACGGUUAGGUUCUGGUCUCUGGAUGACCGCAAGUUCGUGAGUUCCAAGGUUCUGUUGGGGCACACGAGCUUUGUGGGACCCUUGGCAUGGAUUUCCCCCAAUUCGGAGUUCCCGAAAGGUGGGGUUGUGUCUGGCGGCAUGGACACUCUGGUCUUUGUCUGGGACUUGAACACCGGCGAGAAGGUCCACUCUCUCAAGGGCCAUCAGUUACAGGUCACUGGCAUUGCAAUUGAUGAUGCUGAUGUUGUGUCUUCUUCCGUUGAUUGUACCCUAAGACGGUGGAGGAAUGGGCAAUCUGUAGAGACGUGGGAGGCUCAUAAGGCACCAGUCCAAGCAGUUAUCAAGCUGCCCACGGGGGAGCUUGUUACUGGUUCAAGUGACACUACGUUAAAGCUUUGGAGAGGAAAAACUUGUUUGCACACCUUUGAAGGACAUUCAGAUACAGUUCGAGGCUUGUCUGUGAUGUCUGGUCUUGGAAUCCUAUCUGCAUCCCAUGAUGGUUCUCUCAGAUUGUGGGCAGUUAGUGGUGAAGUGUUAAUCGAGAUGGUUGGUCAUACGGCUAUUGUUUAUUCAGUUGAUUCACAUGCAUCAGGACUUAUUGUCAGUGGUAGCGAAGACCGUUUUGCCAAAAUUUGGAAAGAUGGAGUUUGUGUUCAGAGCAUAGAGCAUCCUGGUUGCGUUUGGGAUGCAAAAUUUAUGGAAAAUGGGGAUAUUGUGACAGCAUGUUCAGAUGGAGUUGUACGCAUUUGGACCGUAGAUAAGGAUAAUGUUGCUGACCAAGUAGAGCUUGAUUUAUACACAUCACAACUUUCUGAAUACAAAUCUAGCAGAAAGAGGGUUGGAGGAUUGAAGUUGGAAGAGCUACCAGGCUUGGAGGCACUGAAGAUUCCAGGAACUACCGAUGGCCAGACAAAAGUAGUUAGAGAGGGUGAUAAUGGGGUGGCAUAUGGGUGGAACAUGAAAGAACAGAAGUGGGAUAAAAUUGGUGAAGUUGUUGAUGGACCAGAGGAGUCAAAUUCAAAUCGCCAAUUUUUUGAUGGUAUUCAGUAUGAUUAUGUGUUUGAUGUGGAUAUUGAAGAUGGAAUGCCUACCCGUAAGUUGCCAUACAAUCGAACAGAUAAUCCAUAUGAUGUUGCUGAUAAAUGGCUACUCAAGGAGAAUCUUCCUCUUUCUUUUCGUGAGCAAAUUGUACAGUUCAUUCUUCAAAAUACUGGACAAAACAAUAUUACUUUUGAUUCUUCAUUUCGUGACCCCUACACUGGCUCCCAUGCUUACGUACCAGGACAACCUUCUCGUACAUCUGAUGUUUCUGCGAAACCUACUCUCAAGCAUAUUCCUAAGAAAGGGAUGCUUGUUUUUGAUGCAGCUCAGUUUGAUGGGAUUCUUAAAAAGAUUACCGAGUUCAAUAAAGCUUUACAAUCUGACCAGGAAAAGCAGAACUUGUCUUUGACUGAGCUUAAUGUUUCCAGACUGGGUGCCAUUGUUAAAAUUCUGAAAGAUACUUCACAUUAUCAUUCUAGUAAAUUUGCAGACUCUGAUAUAGCCUUGUUAAUAAAUCUGCUUCAAUCAUGGCCAAAUGCAAUGAUAUUUCCUGUCAUUGAUAUUGUAAGGAUGCUAGUUCUUCAUCCAGAUGGGGCUAUUUUACUUCAGAAGCAUUUUGAAGCAGAAAAUGACAUACUUAUGGAAGUGAUUAAGAAAGUCACUGUAAAUCCAACAAUUCCUGCGAAUCUGUUGACCAGCAUUCGUGCUGUAACUAAUCUCUUCAGGAAUUCGUGCUACUCCAACUGGUUACAGAAACAUCGUAGUGAGAUUCUUGAUGCUUUCUCAAGUUGUAGUUCAUCGUCAAACAAAAAUUUGCAGUUAUCAUACUCUACCUUGUUACUAAAUUAUGCUGUGCUAUUGAUUGAAUCAAAGGAUCAAGAAGGUCAAUCUCAAGUUCUAUCAGCAGCUCUUGAGAUUGCAGAGGAUGAAAAUGUAGAAGUUGAUUCCAAAUUUCGUGCUUUAGUUGCUGUUGGAUCAUUGAUGCUUGAGGGACUUGUCAAAGAAAUAGCUCUGGAUUUUGAUGUUUUGAACAUUGCAAAAGCAGCUAAGAGUUCUAAGGAUACCAAGAUUGCUGAAGUCGGAUCUGAUAUUGAGCUGUUAUCAAAGCAGAAGUGAAUACCUUUAGGGUGAUUAAUCUCUUCUGUUCCUCCAAAUAAAAUGAAGGUAAACGAGGGAUGAUCACGCUCAUGUUACUGACCCAUUAUCAGACAGAUGCACACAGGGUUCCUUUUUUAUUGUACUUGGCAUUGUAUCUUUGGGGGAAAGGCUCAAAGCAUCUUGUGCAGUGCAGAGUUCUUUGGAAAUGGAAAUUAUGUAGUGUCCAGUAUUUUCAGAUCCCUUUCCAAAUUCUGUCGCAUAAAUAUUGAAUUUUCAGUUUUAUUCAAAAUUCAAUUUGGCACAAUUAUAUAUUAUAUACAUUGUAUAAUUUUCAUUAUCUACGCCCCACCAUUCUUUUACUACUAUGACUAUACAAGGGGUGGCGGUUACAUACUUUACAUUAAAGGUACAAGAACUUGGUAGGGAAA